CACGGUUUGGACGGAAAGAAGCGUCGCUAUAGAGAAAGAUGCCGGAAGUAGCGAAUGUAACGGAAUUUUGAAAAGUAAUCAUGGAUAGAGUUUAAGAGUGGGCACCUACAAAGGGCUGCUUGCCCUCCCCCACUCCAACCUGCACCCAGUUCCCCUGUCUAGGGAUGUCACGCUCAGCUGUCCCGCCCUUCAGUGUUGGGGCCACAGCCCCAGAGGCUCUGUCCCUUCUCCACCAGCGCCUGUUGUUGGCAGAGGAAGAGGCUGAAGCUCUUAUUCAAGACAUGGGUGUACUGGGGGUGUCAAGGGACCAAAUCUUGGGAUCUGCUGAGAGAAUGGGCGCCACUCAACGGCCUGUAAGUCCUCUGAAGAUGCGUCGGGUCUUUGGGGACGAGGGCAUGCUUUGUGACUCUCUAGUGAGCAGGGUGUGUCGCAUGGAAAGUCUGCUACAGACCCUCAAACUCACCAUCUUCCGUCUGGAGACUGAGAGAGAACUGGAUACCUCUCACACAGCUCAUCUGAAGCAGCAGCUGGCAGCGCUGCAGCGACAGAGUGAGGAGGAGCAUCACACCACCAGGAGGGAGGCGAUGAAGCUCAGGGACCAACUUCAGCAGGCUUACCAGGAGAGAGACGAAGCUCGCACAGAGGUGCAGAGGCUGGGGGACACAGUGGAGGCAGCUACUGCUGUCAAGAUGGAUGUGGCUCUCGCUGCUGAGGAACUGAAGAUUGUCAAAUUAGAGAUGAGUCAGAGACUGAAGGAGAUGAAAGAGCAGAUGAGGCAGGAGUCCGCCCGCUCAGCCGAAGCCACGAGAUCUCACAGUGAGCUUCACCAUCGGGUUGAGGAGAUGGAGAGAGUGGUGGAGAUGGAGAGGAGACAGGCUCUGCUGCUGCAGUCGGAUUGCCAUGCCUUGCAUGUGGAAGUCCAGACCGGCCAGCGGCAACUGGAGGAAGAGAAAGACAGAGGCAGACAGCUGGACGAGCACUGUCAGCGGCUCAAAGACCAGGCAGAAAUGAAGGACUCCCUCGUGUCUGAGUUGAAAACUGAACUGAAAAGUGUUUGUCAGGCCCUUCAGAGGCAGCAGACAGAAAACAGUAAACUGCUGAAGGAGGGCACAGAGUUGAGAGCUGCUGCUGACAGAGUCCAGGCCGAGAGGAGUCGUGUGGUCAAGCAACUGCAAGAGCGAGACCUGCAGCUGGGCACAGCCAGAUGCAAUAUUCAGACUGAGCUGCAGGUGGCACUAACACAUAAAGUUAGUCUGCAGCUGGAGCUAGAGAGGCUCAAAGGCGAACAUGCAAAGCUCCUGCAGAGCUCCUCCAUUGCACAGGAGACAGCGGCCACUCAGAGGGAACUGCUGGAGCGAACCACUGAGAGGCUACGGGGGGAGCUGAGCAUGGCCAAAAAAGAGGAAGAGGCAGUGAGGAAAGACCUGGAGGAUUCAAAAAAUGAGUUAUGUCUUGUUGUCACUAAGCUGGAAGGUGAGAGGAGCAGCCUGGAGACCCAACUUAGUGAGGCCAAGCGGGAGGUGGGAUCUCUGUGCUCAGCCUUGCAGAGCCAGCAGGAUGAGAACAGGAGGCUCAUGGGAAAGGUGUCUGCUUUAGAACAGCAACAGGUGGACCAGAUGCUGAAGGACCUAACUGACAAGAACAAGCCGGCCUGUGAGAAAGGGAAACUUAAGAUGAAUAUCAGUGAGCUGGAGGCUGUCUGUGGUCCUGCAGGGGGUGUUGUCAGUCAAACCCUUGAAGACAUCCUAGCCUCCCGUACCAGAAUCCAGCUCAACGGUCAGACCCUGUGGCGAGAGCAGGAGCAGAAAGACAGGCUGCAGGCUCAGAGAGAAAUCCGGAAACACCAAGCAGAGGUGGAAAAACUCCAGGAACUCCUGACAUCUACUCACUCCAAGAGCAACAGAGCUCUGGAGUCCUUACAGAAGGCCCUGGAUAUAGCCAAAGCUGACAACAAGAGGCUCGCCCAGAGUGUGGAGCAGGCUGUGUUGACCAACAGCAGUUUACACAGCAAACUGGAGCAGGCCAGAGACCAGUACCAGGCCACCAUCACACUAAGAGACGAAGAGCUACGCGUGGCUUGGACAAAGAUUGGUCGUUUGUCUGAAGAGCUGGGUGCCAUAAAGCAACGAAUGAGGGGAGAAUAUGACUCUUCAAUGAGGAGGCUGCAUCGAGAAAUCACAGAGCUAAAAAUGACAGUUAAGGACUCGUCAACCGGGUCAGGUGACCUGUCCAAAGCCAACCAAGAGCUCCGCCAGCGGGUGUCUGAGCUGGAGCAGCAGGUGUCCAAACAGCAGGCUCGUAUCAGAGAGGAGAGGAGGCAGCGACAGAAGAGCAGAGAUUCACAGGACAACUCUCAGAAAGUCGAGCGCAUCAAGAAUAUUGAGGAGCAAGAGGACAGUAAGCUCCAGCAGGACGGGAUGGACUCCCAGCAGGUUUUAUGCAAACGGGAGGCGGAGUGGGAGAGGUGGACUUCGACCAUCCAACGCUGGGAGGCCAAGAGAGAGCUGGCUCACAUCGCUGGAGGAUCCAAACAAUCACACUGAUAAAAACCAGCACAUGGAGAAAAAUAACUCUCUCACACACCUGAACACAGACUAAAGCGACAUGACACAGUGAACCUUUGUAUUUAUUCAAACAUUAAACGGUGACCAACAGAGACGAAGAGAUAGCAGCCACGUGUGGAAUAGCAGAUGUAGAGUCAGGCGUGUGUGUGAUCCUCCACAUAUAUCGAUCAGAAUUGUGAAUGAUGGUCAGGAGGGAAACAUGCACUCUCAUCAAAACAAACUGUACAACCAUAACAUCUGAUAAACUCCACUUUACAAAGAUUCUUAUUCUUGUACCAAGAGAAUAUUUAUACAAAAGUAAUUUUUUAAAAUAACACUGCAUACAAAUGUAUGAUUCUCCAUCUACCAUAGUUUAUGUACUUUCUUCUGUACAGUGUCAGCUUCUGGUAUUUGGUGAGUUAACUGUGAAAGUACUGUAUAAUGUGACCUGGCACUCUCCCUCUUUCUUGGGUUGUGUAAGAUCAUUCAUCAGGAAACACAGAGACGUGAGUAAUCCGAUAGUUUCCUCCAUUUUCAACAGAAAAGAGCUCUCAGAUCAGCUCAUCCAAAAACAGUCUUCUCUUUGUUUAUUCAAUGUUUGAUAAAUGUACCAGCUCCUUUGUGAUUGUACUGUAGGAUGAAGAGUUGAGUAUAGAUCGAGACACAAAGAUCCUCCAUUUGGCGCUUCACUUUGCUACAAAUCCUGAGAAAAACAUCCAUCACGAGUCCGCCUUCUUUUUUACUAAAAAAGUUGACAAAUCUUAUAAACCGUACAAACACUCACAGUAACAAGAGGACCAAUGCAGGCAAACGAUACGACGGUCAUGGUGGUUGAACAGUAUCCUUUACUGUCUGCAGCCACAAGAGCGCAGCAUUGCGACACAAGUCGGACUCCAAUACCGAACUGAAAGAACAACAUUUUGGCAGGCACAAGGAUGCUACUGAUCUCAGUUCGUUUUUAAUUGGUCCUUGUCCGGGUUACAUCGGGGACUUAAAUCACUGUUGAAGUUUGAUGCUACAAAGAAGAGAGACAAUUGAGCAAACAUGUUGCUUAAUUAAAAACCAAGUAGCUUAUGAAUCCUACGCAUAAUGUACGUGAUAUAUCUGCUAAAAUAGAAAAAUAGAUGAUUUGAAAAUAACUUUAAACAUAGAAAAAUAUAUAUGAUCAAAUGAUAUAUAUGUACAUGAUCAAUGGUCAUAUGACCCAUGCUUUAGAUCGGUUAGAACACACAUUGAAAAUGUCUACUGAUAAUGUUGAAAAGAUCCUUCAUAGGCAAGAAUAGGCUUUAUCAUCCUGUUGGUUCUGAUAAAUGUGUGAUGUAGGAUAGGUUGUGUCUGUUUGUGUAUGUGUAUGUGUUUGUGUGUGGGUGGGUCGGGGCUGUCAAGAUGAAGUUCAUCCCAAGGUCACCAGGAGGGCGGAGAGGUCACCAUACGGAGCAUUUGUCUACAGGGUUCAUUGGGGAACCCUUUGGACAGUGGAAAACUCGGGCAAACUCAUCAAACUGGGACACACUGCCAAUCACUCUGCAGGGGGAGGAAACACAGGGACGUCAAACAGUAAUGCAGAGAUCAUGAAACAGUUACAAAACUGUAACUUUGGUGGGGGGGAUAUCUUGGAGUAGAAGCUUAUUGUAAGGUUGAAAUCUUUCUUUAA